CAGCGGAUGAUGAAAAAAAUUGGAUACACGCCAGAUAAAGGUCUAGGAAAGGAUGACCAAGGUCAUGCAGAACCAAUAAAACCAGUUACACAAUACGAUCGAAGAGGAUUUGGACAUUGCGUGCCAGAUCUCAAGGAAGCGAGUCUCAAGUGGAAUCCCGAAGAAGAAAAGAUAAAGGCUAUAGAAGAUAUCGAAUGGUUGCGAAACGUAGGUUUCGAUACGCUCCUAGCUGAAGAACUGUUGAAAUGGAUAAAGUUGGGACCGAAAAAGUCCAGUAUAGACGACGAGACCAUGUUUUGCAAUCCAGAGAUUUUAAAGCAGAUCAUUAGAUCUAAAAUCAUAUUUGACAAAUUGGAUAAGGUGGAGAUGCGUAAAGCAAGAACUCGUUCAAAUCCGUACGAAACGAUAGGUACUGUCAAGUUUUUGAAUCGCGCGGCUGUCAAGAUGGCGAACAUAGACGGAGCGUGCGACUUUAUGUUCACGUGUCGGAAGAAUUUACAUCCCAACGAGUUGCUGUACUUCGCGGAUGUGUGUGCUGGGCCGGGUGGCUUCAGCGAAUACGUUCUGUCUAGGAAGAAGUGGCAUGCCAAAGGAUUUGGAUUUACUUUGCAAAAUAAAAAUGAUUUUACAUUGGACAAGUUCUUUGCUGGUCCGUGCGAGACUUUCCAUCCGUUUUAUGGCUCCAAAGGCAACGGAGAUGUAUUUGACGCGCAGAAUCAAGAGGACUUUAGGAAGCUUGUGAUGAAACAUACCAAUGGUAAAGGCGUACAUUUUAUGAUGUCUGACGGAAGAUUCUUGGUGGAAGGUCGAGAAAAUAUACAGGAGAUUCUAUCGAAGCAAUUAUAUCUAUGUCAUUGUCUAGUGGCACUGAUGAUAGUGAGACCAGGAGGAGAUUUCGUUACAAAGUUGUUCGAUUUGUUUACACCUUUUAGCGUUGGGCUUGUCUAUCUGAUGUACAAGUCUUUCGACAGUAUUUCCAUUUUCAAGCCCAAUAGCUCCAGACCAGCUAAUUCGGAACGUUAUUUAAUAUGUAGAAGGAAAAGAGUUGAUACACAAACGAUAAUGGAUUAUCUCUCUCACGUUAAUCACUUGCUUUCGAUGAACAACGAGCACAACGACGUAAUUGAACUGGUACCUCUCGACGUAUUAGAAGCGGACACGGAGUUUAUCAGAUACCUGAGAAAUUCCAACGAUAUUUUGGGGAAGAAACAGAUAGUAAAUCUUCUAAAAAUUGCGGCAUUUUGCGAAGAUCCGACACUGAAUGAGCCUAAGCAAGCAGAUAUGCGGAAGGAGUGCCUCAAGUAUUGGAACUUGCCGAACAAAACCAGAGUAAGGCCCUUAGUAUCAAAGCCGCAAGACAAGGUACAGGAGAUAUUGGGUGACUCCAUAACGUUACUCAGUUGCGACGCAAAGAAAUUGAAGAACGACAACGUACAAAGAACUCUAUUAAGAACGGGCGAACCAUAUGAUUGGUAUUACAUGCUGUGCGCUUCAGGCCCGAACAUCGAAGAAAAUAAAUUGCCAACGUUUUAUUUAGGUCUAGGAAGAAGAAGAGUGUACCGAUAUGUAAGAGGUAAAUGGGAAUCGGUAACAGACGUAAAGAUCGAAUUACCGUCCAACACACUUGUAUAUGCUGAACUGGUACACGAAUUUAAGCUGAUGGAAAAUACACUCGCAUUACACAUUUUGGAUGCUUAUAUGCUCGGUGGAGAAGACAUAAGCAAGCUAUACAUAUCCUAUAGGUAUGACCUCACGAAGAAAUUUUGCGACGCGCUAUGGAAGCCAGCUCCGAACGAUUAUAUUUGCAUUCGUGCUAAAAAGAAAUUCUUGCUAACACCAGAUGUAUGCAAGAAAUGGCAAGUUUCACAGAAGCUGCCCGCUUCUGUACAGGAAUUAGCAAAGAGUCCGAUGGAAUACGACAACGAGACUGAUGCCAAGAAACCUGUGUACGCGGCAUUUAACAGUGUGAUGUUUCUCCGAAGUAUUGCUUUUCCAUGGGCACGUCAUAUUAGCCGAAAGACCAGAGAGUAUUACGUUUAUAAUUUUAAUACGAAACAAACCAAAUAUGAAACUCGAGAUAAAAUAAACAACAGGCCAGUUGAAGCCGAUGCAAAUUUCGUUAAAGCGUUUCAAGAACGAAUGGUCUGGGAUUGGCCGUACAAUCCACGUGACACAUUGAAUUGGACACUUUUUUUCAAUUGUUAA